AUGGCGCCAUUUUCGGACCUGGGCUCUCUGGGUGCCCUAGAAACAGAAGCCCGAAGCGAGCUUGCACAAUCAAUGGAUUCUUUUGACACCCUCGGACUCUGCAAAGCUUUCAACGAGGAGGAAUCCAAAGUCUCUCCAGCUGUGGCGUGCUCUUUGCCUAUAAUUGCAUCAUUGAUCGAUGAGCUAGUACCUCGCUUAAGCGAAGGUGGUAGGUUGAUCUAUGUUGGCGCCGGCAAUAGCGGCCGAAUCGGUUUUAUGGAUUGCAGCGAACUGCCUGUUACAUUUUCUACCGACGAAAAUCAAUUUCUGGCCAUUGUCGCCGGAGGGGAUGAAGCAAUUCUUACAGCUCAGGAAGGGGCGGAGGAUUCCGAAGCGGAUGGUUCCGCCAAACUCGAAAUGAUGCGGAUAACAUCUCACGAUACCGUGGUUGGAAUAUCGGCAUCUGGGCGCACACCUUUUGUCAUUGGAGCUAUCAAGAUAGCCCAGAAAUAUAAGGCCGUUACGGCGGUCGUAACGAAUACCUCGCGAUCCACCUUGGAAAAGCUUGGAGUCGAUUACUCCAUACCUGUUGUUGUCGGCCCGGAAUUUAUCGCAGGAAGUACUCGACUCAAAGCUGGGAGUGCUGCUAAACAGAUUCCGAAUAUGAUUAGUACAUGUGCUAUGAUUCGGAUGGGUAAGACCUACAUGGGUCUUAUGAUUGAUGUGCGAGCGAAUAAUCAAAAGCUCCUAGCUCGCGGCCGCAGGAUUAUUCGGCAAGUGUGUGAAAGACUAAAGGAAAACAAUUUUACGUCAUCUGAGCAUUUAAAAAGCGAGAAAUUCCUACUUGAUGAUGAGUCUCUGGAUCUGAUGAUCAAGAGAUGUGGUGGAAAUGUGAAACGAGCGUGUGCUGCAGUUGUUUCUCGUCUUCCGCCAGACUGUGCCCAGCAGCAUCUUGAUCUUGCGUAUGGCAACUUUCGACAGUUUGUCCAGAACAUCUCGCCGCACAUAAAUCAACCCCACAAAAACGGACUCCCUGGAUAUAACGAGAAGUUGUUCAUGGCGAUAGAUGGUGGAGGAACAAAAUGCGCAGUAUCAAUUUACGCUGGAUCUUCAGUUCUGGCGAGAGCCCAAGCUGGAGCUUGCAAUUUCCAGAGUAUGAACAUAGAGGACCUUAUGGCUGAAAUCAAGGAAGCCAUAAGGAAGUCCGUCUCUCAGUUACCAUCACAAUAUCACCACUCGAUUGAAGAAAUUCCCAAGUUUGCUGCAGUGUGGGCAGGGAUCGCCGGAGUGCACCAUACGAGUCAUCGAGAGGUCCUCACAGCCCGGCUUGAGAGUUUAUUAAAGGUCUCUAUCAGUUCAGGCAGCCUUAUAUUGACAAGUGAUAGUGCGCUUCUCGGGGCAUGCAUUGGCAUGGAUGGCACUGUUGACACCGGCAUUGCAUUGAUCGCAGGAACGGGAUCGGUCGCCGCAGCUUUCGGAAGAGACACAAGAGGGGAAAUGCUGCAAAUUGGGAGAACAGGUGGCUGGGGCCCUCUUCUGGGGGAUCAAGGAAGUGCCUUCGAUAUUGGAAAGCAGGCGCUUCAAGGUUUAUUCGCCACCAUAGAAGCUAGCCAAGGAGACGACGACUAUUGUCUCAGCGAGCUCGAGUCUCGGGUAUUGGACCGUAUUGGCCAAGAGAAGAAAAAUUUGCUUUACUACAUCCUUUACUCGGAUACGCAGCCAAGGCAUCUUGUGGGAAGUCUUGCUAAAGUUGUUACCGAGCUAGGCUUCCAGACGGAUAGUCCAGACCUGGCAGCACUCGAUAUUCUAAAAUCAGCUGCCAGGUCGCUAACUCAGCUCGUCUUGCCACUCAUUAGGCCGCGAAUAUGUGAGCCCAAAGAAGGUCGCCUGAUAUUAUCCGGGGCAUUGCUGAACAUCCCGCAAUUCAAGGAUUUGGUUUUGCGCGAAUUUUCGCGUCAGAAAAUUGGACUUUUCAAAGAAGUCCUUGUAGUCGACGACGUUUCUACUUACGCUGCCAAGUAUCUUCAGACGCGAUAUUCAGAUAGUAAUAACCUGCAUCAUCGAAUAAUUCAUACGGAGCCUUGA